AUGGAGGGUAACCUACCAGCAAGUCCGGUCUUGGAACGUGACAUCCUGGAAGCAAACAACCGCCAAGAAGAGCGUCGGUUGAGUACCGAGAAUGCCCUGGCUAAUGCCCGGAAUCUGCUGCUUUCCCAGAUCGGAGACAAUGGUGACAAUAUGUUCACUCUACUGAUGCGCUUGGUAUCCAGAAUACUUGCCGAAAAGCCGAAAAAUGCCGUCGAACUGUUCGAAGAGUACUGCCGACUGGUCAAGCAGGGGCAUUUCAUCCAUCCGGACUACAAAAUUACAAAUGUCAAAGGAGCUGAAAACGAGCUGAAGGUGGACUUUGCCAACGUUGUGCUUCGCAAAAUCAAGUCGCAGGAAGGUCUUCGUCCUCCGCUGAACAUUGCCCAGCUUGCCCCGCUCUGGGCCCAGAUAGGUUUUGCCCUUCCUCCAUCCAUGGACUAUUUCAUUGACCGCCAGAUGGAGCUGCUGCGCCGUGGUGAAAAUGUCAAAGCCGUCCGCUUCUGGGGCACGGUUAUCACUUUGACCGGAAGCUACUACGUCAUUGAAUUGGAACGGGACAGCUUCGAAGCCGUCCAACUGGAGCUUCAACUUAGCCAGGAAAAGGCUGAAAUUGCCCGGGACGUUAUAGAGGGACUCAUCCGAAUGACCGUCUCGGAUGAUUCGAUCAUAUCCGACUGGUGCGGUGCCGAAUCGAUGGCCAUGGAAAUGAUCGAACAGAUUCUGGAGGCGGCCAUUCCCCCCGAUACGGACGAGCAGUUGGCAACGGCGGUCGCCAUUCCCGUCAUUGAUCGGAUCAUCGAGGAAGCGAUCGAUGAGGCUCAGGAACCGGAAGUAGAACUCAGCGUGAUGGGCAGCUUGGAUGUGGUUUCCUGCAGUGCCACGCUGGCGUCAUCGGAUUUGAGUUUGAACCAGCUAAAGUUCGCAUCGGCAAAAGCUCUGCUGGAGGUGAAAUUGAAUGUUUUUCGCUACUACGUCUGCAGUGAUCCGUUCGAUGGAGAUUGGUCCGAGUUGCCGGGGGUAAAUCUGGACAAGAUUAUCGCCUCCCGGGGCGCCAAACGUUUCUUCAAAGGGAAUUUGGAAUCGUCAGUUGGAAAAGUCACGGAACGCGACCAUCUUCGAACCGUUCUGACUCGCAUCUCAAUGGACCGGUUUGGGACGGAGCAGCAUGAUAAAUCAAACCCGCAACGGCGACAGUUCAUUUCCGACCGAGACGUGACCGUUUAUUACAAGGCCACCGGAUUUGCACGCGAAUGGCAAACAGCGUGUGCAGACGUGAAAAGUGCUCGCUGGCUUAAAUCCUUCACCUGGCCCGGGUCGUUCGUCUACGGGGCGGAGGAUUCUAUCUACUGUGGAUGGGGGGUGGAGGGAUUGUGCUUGUGA